CGGGAUAAGAUUGAUUACAUUGUUUUUUACAUUGCCUAUCUAUGAGAUGCUUAGGUUUUGUGACACUGACAAACCAUGCCUUCACUUAGUCUAUGAAAUGUGGGACACCAUGAUUGAAAAGGUGAAGGCAAGCAUCUUUAGGCAUGAAGGGAAGCUAGAUCAUGAGGAAUCAAUCUUUUAUUCCGUUGUGCACAAUAUACUAGUUGAGAGGUGGUCCAAAAGUAACACUCCUCUUCAUUGCCUUGCACAUUCUUUGAAUCCAAGGUAUUAUAGUUCAACGUGGCUUGAUGAAAAUCUCAAUCGUGUCCCUCCUCAUAGGGAUGAAGAAAUUUCAAGUAUGAGAAACAAGUGCUUCAAGAAAUACUUUCCAAGUUUAGAGGAGAGACGGGUUGUAAAUGUGGAAUAUGCCAAGUUUUCAGGAGGUUUUGAUAUGUUUCGAGAUUUUGACUCAAAGAUUGAUAGAGGAGUAUUGGAUCCACUUAUUUGGUGGUUUACACAUGGGUCUCCUGCUCCUAUGCUUCAAUCUUUAGCAUUAAAAUUGCUUGGCCAGCCAUGUUCCUCAUCAUGCUGUGAAAGGAAUUGGAGCACCUACUCCUUUAUUCACUCCACGAAAAGAAACAAAAUGACACCACAACGUGCUGAAGAUUUGGUUUUUGUGCACAACAAUCUUCGUCUCCUAUCAAGGAGAAGUCGACAGUACAUUGAAGGAGAAUCCAAGUUAUGGGAUGUUGGUGGAGAUGCUUUUGAUUCAUUGGAUGGUGCAGGCUUACUUGAAAUUGCAAGCCUUUCUCUUGAUGAACCAGAUAUGGAAGCUGUGAUAUUCACUAAUGAAGGGGAACAAGUUGAACCUAUUGAUGUUGAAGACUCUUAGUUCAUAGGAAUCUCUCUUUUUUUAUCAAGUUGUCUUUUGUUUUAAGUUUUAUUUUUAUGUAUGCUAUAUUACUAAAAAUUGUUGAAGUUUUAUUUUAUGUAUGUUACAUUACUAAAAAUUGUUGAAGUUUUAUUUUUGUGUAUGCUACAUUACUAAAAAUUGUGAAAAAAAAUAUUUUUUUUUGAACGUAUCCCCGCCGUAUCCGUAUCCUACUUUUUCGAAUUUUGCCGUAUCGCCGUAUCCGUAUUGUAUCGUACCCGUAUCCCGUAUCUGUAUCCGUAUCCGUGCUUCCUAGGGCAGCAGUGUAUGUUUAAAUUCUCUUUUAUUGCUAAUUAAAAAAAGAAAACAAACACACACUAGCCAAAUCAUAUCACUCCGAGAAAAGAAGGCGUCCCUGGAGCAAUAUUGUCAGGAUCACAUUAUCUAUGAAACAAAAUCAGAGUUACACAAGUCAUUAGUAAAAAUGAAAUAAUGUCUAGUCGAUUGCAGACAAGCACUUAAUGGCUAUUUAGAAAUCUACCUCAAAGUACAAUUCAACUACCUCAGUAUACAAAAGUACCUAAAACAAUUUCGUCAUUUAUCUAGACAGGCCCUGAUGGCUACACACCUAAAUUAAUUAUGCAAGGAAAAGUGAUAUGACAUCUGUAAAUAGAAACGUUAUGGAGAAUGAAAGAUCUAAACAGAUUGGACUUACUAAAAAGGAAUCAUGUAGCGAACCCCACCGAAUUAGGACACAAAGCUUAGCUUAGCUUGGUUUGGUUUGGUUUGGUUUGGUAAACGUGAGCUAAAAAACUGAAAUUUUCAGAUAACUUUCCAUAUAAGUUGUAAAUCUAUCUUGAUGUUUGUAGAGCCAGCAUCCUUCACUAAUAAAAUAAGAAAAAGAUUAAGAGAGGAGAGGGAAAAUAGAGAGAAUUUUGAAGUACACAAAAUUAGCAUCUACAGUAAAUAAAAUUGAAGGGGAACAACAGUUGUGAUUCAGACAUAACAUCUACAUGGUGUGGAUACUUGUAUCAAGCCCAAUAUGUGGCAAGCCCUACACUACAGAUGUCACAUCACCAAGCUCCGCCCGCGUAACAGACUAAUAAGGCACCACGUGGGCAUAUCGCAUGUCUAAUACAUGGUGAGUCCUACGAGCGCCACGUCACCAACACCAACCUGCCUGACAGACCAAUAAGGCACCAUGUGAGCAUAUCACACGUCUGAUACCUAGCGAGCCCUACGGGCGCCACGUCACCAACACCCACGUGCAUGGCAGCUUGCCAAAGCACCAUGCAAAACCUAGACUAUAUGCUUUAGCCUAAGCGGGAACAUACACACAAGCCCAAAUAUAAAGAGCCUAACAACAGGCAACACCAUGCCCCACAAGCCCAUGGUCCUUUAUACCUCACUCCAAGACCAAACAACAAUAUAAUCAGGCCCUCGGCUUACUUAGAUUUCGAUUGAUAAGUUGGAGCCCUGGCUCUCCUAAACAUUAAGAUAGGCCCUUGGCCCAUUCUCCUACUUGGCCGCCUGGAAGCGAGCCCUUGGCUCUCUUAAAUAUUGAAAUGGGCCUACUUGGUUGCCUAGGUUGGGAACAAGACCCAGGCACUACCGCUCAGGAUCAUCAGAGAAUUUUGGAUUGGCGGUUGAGGUCAUGGAAUCGCUGAGAUGGUUUGCUUCUUACUACGAUAACCUUACACUAAUGCCACCUGAUGCAUAUAUGAUACGUUGCUCUCCACCUGCAAUGAAACGUUGCUCUCCCGCCUACCAUCAAGCCACGAAUGACAGUAGGGCUUAUAUCACUUCUAACAAAGUUUGGGACAACAAGCCACUUGUCCAACAGGUUGUUUGGACUCCAAUCCUCUUGUGGCCUAUAUAACGUAUCAUAUAUGCAGCAGGCAAACUCACUUCACUUCACCACAACAUAACUCCAUAACAAGUUACAACACAUAUACACAACACACAAGUCUUACACUUAGACACUCAUACUCACACUCUACAUUAGUGUUCAAGGUCCAUCACGGCCAAACUCUCCCUCUCCAAGCUUGCCUUGGCCGCCUCCUCUUCACCUACGAUGAUCUCAGGCCAUUGAAGUGCCUACCACCUUCCCAGACUAUCUCUAACCACACCUCUCACCCACACAUGGCAUGUGAAGAGGAAAAAAAAAUGCCUAAGUAGUUGUUUGGGAUGUGCUAUAUAAGUGCACUUUUUGACUUUUUGGUUAAAAAAAUAAAGAAAAAAAUAUGUAUGCUUGGAAUAACUUUUUGGCUUUUUACGAAAAGAUGUGUAAUAAAAUAUUGUAGUAAAAUCAAUAUGAAUAUUUUAUCCUUUUGCCUUUUGGGUAGUUGAAUUCAAUGACUUCCCCCACAAGCUACCCUUGAAUAGUAUAGAAUUUUUAGUUUUUUUUAGUAACUUUUUAACUUUUUGGCUUUUCUAGUUUAUCCUAAACAAGGCUUACCUCCAUGAGGUGACAUUGUUUAUCUACUUGAUGAAGAGCUAUAAUGAAACCAUUAAUCCGGAAAGGUUGAUUUUGGUACCAUAUGAAUAAUAAAAAAGAUCUUAGAGGAGCAUGCCAAUUACAGGAGAAAAUGGCUACUACGAUCAAGUCUUUGUCACAACUACUCGGGAUUGGUUGUUCAUAUCCUCAGUCAAGUUUAAGGUGUUCUUGUCUUUUCUUAUUGCCCAACUAAUGUUAUCCUUGGUCUUGCUUUACUUCUUGGGUCUUGCUUGCAAGAGCCUUGAGGCACAAAAAAUAGACAAAAAUAAAGCUAAAGAACAUGAAGCAUUUAUCAACAAUUUCAAAAAACAUUUUUGUUGAUUUCAGAAUUCUUUUUGACUUUUUACAUGUUUCCAAAACACUUUUCAUCACAAUCCCAAUAUUAAACAAUGUCCUAGGGGCACUUAGCAUUCCCCUUAUUUCUUUUACCACCCUCCAUGGGGAUCAAAUCGCAUAAAUUGGUCUAUGAUGCACAUGGUCAUAGCAUCUCAAAUGACUUCACCUAAUUUCAUUUUCAAUUGGUAUGCGUAGUACACUCCAUUUUGACUGACCAUUAAAACUUAGACACUUGCAAUGCUUCCCGAUGAUGGAAGAUAUCAUAGUUUUGACUUUUGAGAUGCUUGAAUUUGUUAGAGCUAUUGUAUUACCAUUUUCGUGCCAAAAACUGUUUUUAGCCAAAAUUACCAUUUUUCGGCUCAUCUUGAGAGCCUGUUUUCACAUAUAGUAAAAGUUGGAAUUGGAAAUUUUCUACUUCACACAAACUUGUAGCCAUUUUAGUUAGCUUUCCAACGCCGCUUGAUUCACCUUAAUUCGAUGUCAAAUAAGAGAGAGAUGCAUGCAAAAUACGAAAGGUUGUCAAGUAUGUGCGACCCUACGUGUUCUUUUUUGCAGCCGCACGUGCAAUUUCUUAUUGUGCAGCCGCACAUUCCUAGUGUGCUCGCACGUGUGGGCGACCUACCCAGAAUUCUGUUUCGUUCAGGACUGUGUCGUGAUUUGGGUGGGAGGUGCCACCAAUUAGCGAUGGGGAAGCCCUAGGAUGAUCUUUCUUAGCCCCCAAGUCACCCCGUGCCUAUAAAUACACCCCCUUGCCUCCCCAUUGGAUGAUCCCAAGUGUUUGAGAUGAAUUGAGUUUUUGAGUUGAACUAGAAAAGUGAACAUACAAACCAUAGCCUCCAAAUCCGAAAUUCCUAACCCUAAUACCACAGCUAAUUAGCAACUAAAAGUAGAUCUAAGGUCGAGUUGAGUUGAUCAAAGAGAAGCCAAAGCUCAAGGGAAGCAUUCAAGCAAGUUUCUUGCCUUUUUCUCAUGCUCUUCAGUUUGAUCAUCAAACCUAAGGUAUUGUUCUUCUUUGUUAAUAUCAGUAUAAUUUAUCAUGUUCGAUAAUGGUUAGUUAGUUUGCAUGUUAUUGUGUCAUAAUGUUAGAUUAGUUUAGUUUUGGUUUUGAUAAACUUAAUCCAUGAUUUUUGUAUACUUUACACGUUACUUUAGCAUGUUUUAGUUGCUGCAAGUUCUUGCAUAUUAACCCGAUUAGUUCAUGCAUAUUAGUUUAGAUUUACUAUGUGUUAGAUGUUAGUUUGUUGCAUAUUCAUCAUGUUAGUUGCCUAACUGGGUUAUAGAAUCAUAUUGUGUGAAUUAGUAGCAUGUUUAGGUUCAUGUUUAUAUUAUUGAUGCAUUGUUAUUAUCAUUAUGUUGCUAGGGAUUCCAAAUAAGUCCUCUUUCACUCAUAACAUGUUGCUUGCUUACUUGAUGCAUUGUUUUUCAAUAAUUCAAGUUUAUAUGCUCUUUGGUCGAUCAAUUGUGUGUUUUGAAUAAUUUUGAUGAUAUUGUUUGAGUUAGAAUCAUGAGUACGAUCAUGAUCAUGUCUGAUGAGAGUGUGUAUUUAAAGCUCUUUUUUUAAGAAAAUCAAAUGUUUUAUGAAAAUCAUUGGCUUGACAUGGUUGUAUUCAUGAUUACAACCUUAGGCAAUAUCUAUUUCAUUCAACCACCUAAUUGAUCAGGUUAGUAAAGAAUUUAGGGUUAAUAAUUGAGCUUAUGGAAUUAAUUAAUCAUAUAAUCUCAUAAAUAAAAUAUUAGUAGAGGUCAAUCACUUGAUUGGGCAAGAGAGGGGUGCUCACAAAAUGACCUUCCCUUUUUGUACCUAAGUUCUCGAACCAAGAUGUUUGGUUUUGACGAAUUAGUGCCUAAAUUAUGUUUUCAAAGUCAAAAGAUUUCUUAGUUUCCCAUAAACAUUAAGUGGAGACUCUUUUCGAUGUGGGAUUUAGAAUUUGGAACAAUGUAUGGAAACGAGCCUAAUAACCAAAAAGGCACGGCAUCCACAAUAUGAUUUCUAAAUUCUUCCUAAUAGAUUUUUUUUUAAUUUUCUUUUCUUGUAAUCCCCACACGUCUUAAUUCUCAUUUCAACUAUACUUAUUUUUUAAUAUUUUUUUAUAACCGUCCAACAUUCAAUAACACAUCAUAGCAAAUCUUAAUAACAAUUACAUAUAAGUUUCCCUUCCAACUUAAUAGGUAUUCUACGACCACACAACAGAUCCUGAUGCACUCCAUUUCAUCCAUUUUGCUCUAAUUCUAUAGGCUACAUCCUACUCAAUAUCUCCAUAUUUACUAAUAAUAAAAUAUUAAAAAUAGUUACUUUCAAGUAUUUAUUGCCAAUCAAAUUUUACACCAUUUUCAUCCAUAUUUUGUAGUUUUGCUACACUCCAUAUAUGAGGUCUUGGUCUCCGAACCUUUUAAAUUCUAAUAUAUCUCCGGGAUACUAGCGUAAAGUUUUCUGCACAUGUUUAGUCAACUAUAUAUUGCAUUAAAUGUUCCUACUGAAUGUAAAACUGCAAAUAACAUACACCAGAGAAGUAGCUUUCCACAAUGAUAAGGGCAAGAGACAACACACAACAUGGAUACAAAAAGGGAUCGUUGUAAUAUCUAUGGGUGGUAUAUCAAGAAGUAACCAACCAACUUCCCAAAACAUUACAAUUUACAAUUACAAAUAGAAGUAAUCGCUAUAGAAUGAGUCCAUUUUCACCUCACUGGACCAAGAAACUCUUGAACCAAUCAUAUUGGCAACCCUCAUAAACACAAGCAAUUCAUAUCAAUUGUUGCCCAUAAGUGGCUUUCCACAAUGUCAUAGGAAAUAUAUAUAUAUAUAUUAAUGAUCAGAUAUCCGGAUUAACUUACGCAUAUCUCGACUAAUCUCGAACCUACGCAAAGCGCCCCCUCCACGUAGAUAGAGCAAAGCCCGCGGACGUACCCCCAAGAAGUUGAUAGCACCUGGUAGGAGUUGAACUUGAGACCAGGGAGUACAUCCCCAAGCCCCAAGCUGCACUCACUAGACCAACCCCUUGGGGGUUUAACAAUGUCAUGGGAAAUAUAAGAAUGCCUUCAUUGUUGUAAUCACAUAAUCCCUCAUUUUCUCAAUUUUCUGUCCACCAUGAAAAAUCUAACAUUCUAAGGAGGUAAGUUUUCAUUGCAUUGACUAUAGUUGCAUGAGGUAGGAGUAGGAGUAGGAGUAGGAGUGAGAUUGAGGGAAUUAGGGCACAUAUAAGAAUCUAAUGUUGGGAGCACCUAAAGGAGCGUUUAUGUAUUUUAUAUACAAAUAUAUAACAAGAAAUUUUUCUUAGUUGUAAAUUGCAAUACAUGUAUAUUAAAUGUCUACACUACGUUUACCUGUAGUAGUAGGAAUCGUGGAAGAUCAUCACAUUUCUAAGGAAGAAGCGUGCUUUUGCGCUUUUGAGGAAGAAUCGCGCUUUUGAUGCAAGAGAAACAUGAUCUCGAUCUCGAUCUCGAUCUCUCAUUAUCACUCUCGAUCUCAAUCUCACUGUCUUCUCUAUCUCGAUCUCUCUAUCUCUCGAUCUCCUCUCUCUCGAUCUCUCUGUCUCUCAAUC